AUGAUCGCUCGUGCUCGCUAUUUCAUCUACCGUGCCCAACGUGUCAUCAAGGGCAAGCAGAUUGAAGGCAUUUUGCAACCUGAAUCUUGGGUUCCGACCGAGAACGCAUUUCUGAAGAUGGAGUCGUUUACGUGGGAUAUGUACCGGAUGCUGGCGCCCGAUUUGAUGCACGAAUUCGAGCUGGGCGUGUGGAAGGGUGCCUUUGUCCACCUCAUUCGCAUAUUAUAUGCACACGGUGGCGACGCUAUCACAAACCUUAACCUCCGCUACCGUCUAUAG